AAACAAAUGACAACUCACCCAGCAACCACCUGACUUUUUAUUAUUAUUUAUAUUGUUUUUUGUUAUAACAUUUUAUGGCCAAACAAAUAGACGAUGUCCGUGGAACUAAAUAUUUUAACACUAAACAUAUGGGGUAUUCCAUACAUUUCAGAUGAUCGAGAGACACGAAUCAAUUCCAUCAGCUCGGAGUUGGCUACUGGAAAAUACGACAUCGUAAGCUUGCAAGAAGUCUGGUCACAAAAUGAUUACAAUUCAAUCAAACAGAAUCUCGAGACUGUUCUUCCAUUCUCGCAUUAUUUUUACAGUGGCGUUAUGGGAGCUGGAUUGUGUGUCCUCUCAAAAUAUCCCAUCAUAGGUGCUCUGUUUCAUGCUUGGUCAGUUAAUGGGUACUUUCACCGAAUACAACAUGCUGAUUGGUUCGGUGGAAAAGGAGUUGGACUUUGCAAAAUUCUAGUCAAUGGACAUCUCAUACAUUUUUAUAAUGCACACUUGCAUGCGGAAUAUGAUGUUGAAAAUGAUGAAUACAAGACUCAUCGAGUGAUUCAGGCCUUUGAUACAGCUCAAUUCAUUGAAGAAACUCGAGGCAAUUCUAUUCUACAAAUUUUAGCUGGAGACUUAAACACACAACCUCAAGAUAUAUCUUACAAAGUUCUACUAUACACAUCAAAAAUGAUCGACUCCUGUCCGGAUGAGAAUAUUGGCACAAACGAGUGUCAUCACAAUUCAUACACCUCAAAGAAGCUAAGUGAGAAAAAUCCAAAUGGCAUUCGCAUUGAUCAUAUUUUCAUACGAAGUGCUGAGAGCUAUGACGCCCACAUUGCCAAAUACUCCCUCCCGUUGCCGGAGCGUAUUCCAGGCAUGAAAAUAAGUUAUUCUGAUCAUGAGGCCGUGAUGACUAAAUUAAAACUUACUUCCAAACAAUGCUCAAGCGAUAAAUUAGUAGAUGAUAAAAAUGAAUUCUGCGAAAAGCAAAGCUCACUUGAGGAAUCCGAACUGAAGACAAUUGAAGUGCUUCAAGAGUGUGUGCAUCUUUGUGAGACGAGUUUGCAUAAACUCAAAACAGAUCGCAUUUUGUACUUUAGCAUAGCGAUUUUCGUAACGUUUUUACUUUUGGCGCUGGUUGAUUAUUCAGUCCCAAUUGGAUUUAAAACUUUGUAUCUGUUGUUGAAGUUUAUCCUUUUUGGAAUAAUCUUAUUUGCUUUGUUUAUGGGGUCGCUGUGGAAUUAUAUAGAACAGAAUGGCAUUUUAUCUGGCAAAACUUCAAUGGAAAUUAAGUUGCGGAGAUUGGGAGAGUUGGAACUGGAGCUACAUUGAUAUUUUUUAAAACUAAGUGUUUAAAUUAAGUGAAAAAGUUAAUAAAGUAUUCUAUCUGUCAGCGAUUUAUGUAAAAUAGA